AUGCGCCUCGCGCAGCUCGCGUGUUUCCGCUUUGGGGUCGAAUCGCUCGCGGCGUACGUGAUGGGCGAUGGGGAGGCCUUUCAGGAGGAUGGCGCCCCUUCCGGCGCGGGAAAAACGUCUGGAGAGGGAGGGGACAAGAAGGGGGGGGAGCAGGGGGCUGGUCUUCAUGCCGCCGCGGCCGAGGAGGAAUUUCCCCUCUUCGAGGCCGUCACCCUCAAUAUCUACGCGGAGAACGCCCUCAUGGAUGGGUUGGAUUGUGCCUGGGGCAUCCUGCGUGGCUUCCCCCUCAGCACGGUGCGACCGCAUCGCAGCAAACCGGAUCUCCUGAUCGACUACCCCUACGUCGACGCCCUUUUGAACACCUCGAAGUAUUUCAUCACGUCGAUGAACGGCUCGAUGGAGCUGCAGGCGCAGGAGUUCUUCGGCCCCCUGCUGCGGAAGUCGGGGCUCUACCAGACCGCGUCCGCGUGGCUGGAGAGCCCGCUUAACCACCUCAUGGGGAUGACGGCCGCGGCGAAGGUGCGGUUAUCCGCCCCGCACGUGAACCUCCGCGUGAUGACCGGCGCGCUGGAGAAGGAUAUCGCCCACAUCCUAGAGUUGGUCUCCCACCAGAAGGACCUCAAAGACCCUGUGUUUAUCAUCGCGGUCGCCCAGUACAUCGCGGAGGUCUGCGCGAACCUGGCGGUGAUCUACCGCUGCUCCGCCUCGUUGACGGUCGAUGAGGAGGGCAAAGGGCAUCGGGAAUGGCUGCUCGCGCAAUCCUUUAGCGCGGCGUCGAGUGCGCGGCGGCAGCGCAUUCUCGCGGACCUCCGCACCACCCACGCCGCCGCGAGCGUGCUGCAGAAGUCGGAGGAUCUCGAUAACUACAGCACGCAUCCGGUGGAGCUGAUGAACGUGCGACCACAGGGCUCGUCGUCGACGCAGGCGGCUUCUUCUUGA